GUCAGAGAAUGAGCUCACUUCCGGCCAGGGAGCGCGCGGGUUGAUUCGUCCUUCCUCAGCCGCGGGUGCUCGCAGCUCGGAAAUGGCGGGAUUUGGUGCUAUGGAGAAAUUUUUGGUUGAGUACAAGAGUGCAGUGGAGAAGAAACUGGCAGAGUACAAAUGUAACACCAACACAGCAAUUGAACUAAAAUUAGUUCGUUUUCCUGAAGAUCUUGAGAAUGACAUUAGAACUUUCUUUCCUGAAUAUACCCAUCAACUCUUUGGGGAUGAUGAAACUGCUUUUGGUUACAAGGGUUUGAAGAUCCUGUUAUACUAUAUUGCUGGUAGCUUGUCAACAAUGUUCCGUGUUGAAUAUGCAUCUAAAGUUGAUGAGAAUUUUGACUGUGUAGAGGCAGAUGAUGUUGAGGGCAAAAUUAGACAAAUCAUCCCACCUGGAUUUUGUACAAACACAAAUGAUUUUCUCUCUUUGCUGGAAAAAGAAGUUGAUUUCAAGCCAUUUGGAACCUUACUCCAUACAUACUCUGUCCUCAGUCCAACAGGAGGGGAAAACUUUACCUUUCAGAUAUACAAGGCUGACAUGACAUGUAGAGGCUUUCGAGAAUAUCAUGAAAGGCUUCAGACCUUUUUGAUGUGGUUUAUUGAAACUGCUAGCUUUAUUGACGUGGAUGAUGAAAGAUGGCACUACUUUCUAGUAUUUGAGAAGUAUAAUAAGGAUGGAGCUACGCUCUUUGCGACCGUAGGCUACAUGACAGUCUAUAAUUACUAUGUGUACCCAGACAAAACCCGGCCACGUGUAAGUCAGAUGCUGAUACUGACUCCAUUUCAAGGUCAAGGCCAUGGUGCUCAACUUCUUGAAACAGUUCAUAGAUACUACAUUGCAUCUCCUUCUGUUCUUGAUAUUACAGCGGAAGAUCCAUCCAAAAGCUAUGUGAAAUUAAGAGACUUUGUGCUUGUGAAACUUUGUCAAGAUUUGCCCUGUUUUUCCCGGGAAAAGUUGAUGCAAGGAUUCAGUGAAGAUAUGGCGAUAGAGGCACAACAGAAGUUCAAAAUAAAUAAGCAACAUGCUAGGCGGGUUUAUGAAAUUCUUCGACUACUGGUAACUGACAUGAGUAAUGCUGAACAAUACAGAAGCUAUAGACUGGACAUUAAAAGAAGACUGAUUAGUCCGUAUAAGAAAAAGCAGAGAGAUCUUGCUAAAAUGAGAAAAUGUCUCAGACCAGAAGAACUGACAAACCAGAUGAACCAAAUAGAAAUAAGCAUGCAACAUGAACAGCUGGAAGAAAGCUUUCAGGAACUUGUGGAAGAUUACCGACGUGUUAUUGAACGCCUCGCUCAAGAGUAGAGAUUAUUUGGCUCUGUACAGGAAGUUUGCAAAUUUCUGUACAUUGUGUUGUGGAAAAUCUGAUGAUGACUUUAAUUUUAAACUCUUGUAACAUUUACUUACAUUAAAAGUUAUCUAUCUUUAGUUGAAUAUUUUCUUUUGGAGAGAUUGUAUAUUUUAAAAUACUGUUUAGAGUCUAUGAGCAUAUAUUACAUUUUAAAAAAAUAUAUAGCUUCUGAAAUACCACUGCAGUUGCUUCCCUUCUUAAUAGUAUAAUAAAUGCUUAGUUGUGAUAUGCUAAUGUGUGAUGGUAUGAUUCUUAAGUACUUACAAUAAACUUUUUGGUCUUGUUAAAAAAACUU